AUUUAUUUACCCGUGUACCUAAUACAUACCUGCUGUACAUUUUAUACCACUUACCUACCAGUAUUUGUGUAUGUCGGGAUAUUUUGCGCGGAUUACUAACUUAGCUGAAGACUUUUUCCGGUGGAAGGAUCUGCUGUGGCUUUGCAACAUUGCAGUGCUACGUAUGAUACAACUACAAUCAGCUUAAGUACGCGAAGAUUAACGUGCCGACUUUCUUUCCCACGAUAUUAAAAUUAUUAAUUUUGUUAUUGAAAGCAUAUCAGUACAUUACUGUAAAUAUCGCGUGCGCGGUUUGCAACUACAAGUACUGUACUCCUACUCAAUUCAGUGCCUUUACUGACAGUGACAGCCACCACACCUAGACCGCUGAAUCAGCCAGGAGGCAUCCCAGAUUUUUGCUAGAAUAUCGUGUGAUAAACCCGAUUUUAAGAAAAAAUCCCGCGCGGUAGACUGAUCGAUUAUCCCAUCUUUGGGUCGCAGUGUAAGAAAUGUUCAUGAUACUUUACCUUUUCGGCACUGGGUAUCUGGUCUGCCUGCACUGAUAGGAAAUUCAUGAUGGAGAUGAUCGCCCAUGAGGAACAGGAAUUUCACUCCACUGACUUCAGCAAAUACCAACAAUUCCUGUAAAUCCAACGAACCGAUGUUGAAGACAUAUGAAACGGUCCAGUCACAAAUUCAAGAUAUAGUGAACUAUGUCAACAACCCACAUUCGCCACAACCUGGAAAGCAACCUAAGGAAAAGUGCGAGAAGCGACGAGAACUCACUAACCGAUUUACUAAGAGCACCGGAUACAGGAUCAACAUACAAAAAUCAUAUGGUAAACGGAGCAUUUGUGGAAAAACAUUUUCCUAUCAGGGAAUCAUAUCUCAGUGAGUUUGAGAACUCUUUCGGUGCGCUAUGUCAAUCCGUUAGUUUUGUUCCUGACGGAGACAACGAUGAUGACGGAGUAGCGCGUGUGAACGAGUUCGUGAUGCAGCACACCAGGGGAAAGAUUCGCGAUAUUCUUUCCCCAUCCGAUGUCAACGAUCAGACGAGACUAAUAUUGGUCAAUGCACUAUAUUUCAAAGCGAACUGGGAAAAACAAUUUAUUAAAGAGCGGGCCAUAAAAAAGCCAUUUACGACAGUAGCUAGUACCGUUGUUAUGGGAGACACCAUGCAUGUCGUACAGGAGUGCAAUUAUUAUGAAAGUAAAGAAUUAGGAGGAGCCAAAUUCCUGCAGCUGUCGUAUUCCGGAGAUCUUUGUAGCGCAUAUUUUGUGCUGCCCGGGCAGAAAAAAAUCCAAAACAAAGCAAAGCAUUUGCUAUCGGCUUGUUUUCAUUCGCCUGAUGAAGCUGUUCUGCCGGAGGAUUCUGACCAUGGACUGAAAAUUUUGCAGCAAUCGUUAACACCUGCAAAGUUAUUCAGUGCUAUUCAGAACAUGUCGCAAGUUACCUAUGGAACUGUUCAACUUUCAAAAUUUUGCCUAGAGAAAGAUCUGGAGAUGGAACAAAUGCUGAAAGAUUUGGGCAUGCCCUCUGCUUUCUUGGAAAUGGUAGCCGACUUUUCGGGAAUCUCCGCGCAGAGAUUAUGUAUCGAUAAGGUCAAGCAGAAGGCAUUUAUCGAUGUGAACGAAAAAGGAACGGAAGCGGCGGCAGCAACGGUUAUAACAAUGAUCAACUGUUGUCUUCCUUUCGAUACAAGAGCUGAAUUUAUCGCUGAUCGGCCUUCCAUCAUUUUUAUUCGACACCAUUCAACCAAUGCUAUUCUUUUUUUUGGACAUGUUACUGAUCCAUCUGCUUAGAAAAUACUGUCCAUAUAGCAUACUCAUAACUCAUAAGGCCUAAUCAACAACACAGUUACCAUAUUAUCUUGUCUGUAGUCUGUCCUGUCAUUUUCGAAAGAUACUAUACAUUUUUGCACGCAUGCGUGUUGACUGCCGCACACAGUUAGCUUGCAUAAUAAAAGUGUUCAUUACGUGCUACU